UUGCUUUGACAAUAUUUGGCGCGAAGUGUAAAGUGCAGUGUUUACGUGUGUUUGUGUUAUGGCUGAAACUGCCAGGUACGAGAGGACAAUAGAUGAAAUUAGGACGGUGAUACAUCAUGCGAAGUUGGAAGAAAGUGAGUUGCUUCCUGUAACACAGAUUCUGAACUUCGCUUCCCGCAGCGAGGCAGUGGAAAACUAUAGAUUGUUUCAGUUGGACACGAAAUUACUAAAUACUCUAGAAGCAGGUGACAGUUUAGUUCUUCGUGGAGGGAAAGAAGAAAGUGCUGUUUUGUGCACACAAAACAAAACAUUUGAAAUAAAGGAAGCAGAGACUUCAAACUCUAUGUUGCUGCUUCCAGGGAUCUCUUGGUCACAUGAUGCUGACAUUGAUACAGAGGAUCGCAUCUUGGAUGAGUGUCAAGUUUUGGGUGUUUUCUACAAAUAUUUUGAACUGCAUCCAUCAAAACCAAAAUUGAAGAAACUAUAUCAGCUUUUGAAGGAAGCACCUUAUCGCGGUCCAGAACUGGAAGAUGAAUUAGAGGGACAGUUGUAUACGUUUGAUGAUCUUUUAGAACACGUGCAGGCAAGUGGAAUGGAACUGAAAGCAGCUCUCCAGGAGACACAAACUGUUUGCAUAAAAGGUUUCUGGCGUAUUUUGGAACAUGACUACCAUUUUCGAAUUGUGACCCAGAUAUUAAAUCUUGUUGAGCACAACUCUUGGCCACUGGAUAGUGUAAGCAAAUAUGAGACAUUGGAGAGUUUGAGUGAAUUAGUUCCACCUGAAAUAUUAAGCCAGUGUUUCGAAUGGUAUGCAGAGCCCACUGGAAAAAUGGACAGUGCUGGGAAUCCACUGUACAGGUUACGUGAAAGAGAAGUGUGCAGGUUUUUAGCAGAAGUUUUGCUGCGCCCAGCUGGGCAGUUCAACCUGCAGGACUUCAUGCUGGCAUGGGGACAGUGUGUUCCAGAAGGUAUGGAGACAAAAGUGGAAUACCUUGAUGGAAUAGCUCUGAUGCAGAAGGAUUGCAAACCAGAAGUUAUUUGGCAUUUUCCUGAAGUUGAUCUGCCUGAGGACAUAAAUGAAAGAUUUCGUAUUCUGUUUCAAACUCGAGAGAGGUGGAUACUGAAUGAAAUAUAUCCAUACAUUGAGCGUGUUGCAACAGAAAAAAUGAAUGUAAACGCUGUGCUUACCAAGCAUGCGAGGGCUUCAACUGUUGGUGGUGUUAAGUGUUACAGUGCUAAACAUGCUAAAUGAAAUUCAUUGUGACCACAAGAAAGAAAAGUCCAUGUUUGUGACACACAGUAUUUCAUUUUGAUUGAACCAGAAUUCGGUAGUGUCAAUUGGUAGGCCACUUUAUCUUGUCGCUGUCAUGUGAUGUGCCCAGUAGCUUGUGUAUUUAAAUUUAUGUGCUAUUAUGAAGGGGUGUGAUUGUAUACAGUUGAUUCAUCUAGCACAAACAGGAAAAGUCAAUGUAGAAGCCUUCAUUCCGAAUAACUACAUAUUACAAAAAUAGUGGAGAAAGCAUAUAAUUUUCUUUUAAAUACUAUUUCUGUGAUAAUUUGUAUUUUGUAUACUUAAGUAAUAAAAAAAUAUGUAAGAAUAGAGCUAA